CCAGUCGAUAUACGGCCCAAGUCGCAUGAGGCCAAAGCUAAUACAAUCGAACGUCGGGAAUCAAAGCGUAUGGAGCGCAUUUACAAUGGAAGUAACAAGAAAGCAAAAGCAACCGAUACUGGAAAAGAGUUGAAACCAACAAGACGGCGAAUGAUUGAUCAAACAAAGACGGAUAAAGAGACUCUAAGCAAAAAAAAAGUUGUCAUCUAAGGACACUAAUCUUCAAAACGAGAAAAAUCUUUCUCCAAGAAAGCGGUGUGAAGUAAAGCAACCCAAAAAGCGUGAUACGGAGACGGAUAAUGAAAAGGCGGAUACUAAAAAUGAAAAGGUAGCUAAGUCCAAACAAGAUGUAAGCGAAACUCCCAAAAAGCGUGGUAGAAGGGCGGCGAAUGAAAAGGUGGAAAGUAAUGAAAUUAGUCAAAAUGUCGCUAAGUCCAAACAAGAUGUAAGCGAAACUCCUACAAGGCGAUUGAGACAGCUGAGGUGUGAUAAAAUAAUCCGUACUAAAGAUAAAUAUUCUGCGUCACCCUGUAAGGCGAACCGUUCAGUAUCCCUAGCGUCUGCGGCUUCUUCAAAAAAUACUGCCAAGAAAGAAAGAAACAGUGGCAAUAAAUCGCUCAGUUCUUCGACGCCAAGUGUUAAAGGUACUCAAAAAUUAAAAAAUAGGGCAAAAACGAAUUCACGAAUGGAAAUUUUACAGACACCAACUUCGCGGAAUACCCGAGGCAUGCAGCGCCAGACUCGGUCUUCAGAUAGUUCAAGAAGUAAAUAUAUGACGUCGCCUCUUUCCUUAGAUAGUAUUCGAAAAGGGAAGAAAAGGGGAAGAGGAGUGGCACAAAAUUCUGGCAGCACCGGUACCAAAGACAAACAAGGAGAUGUUUCCAAAUCAACGAAAACGGAAAAAGCUGCCAGUGGUAAGAAAAGAAAAAAUAUUCAUGAAGAGGUGGAAAUAGGUGUUGGUGAAAAAGUACGAAAGGAUGAAUAUACUAAUGCAAAAAGACAAAAAAUAAUAGCUGCUUCUGAAGAAGUAUCAAACGUAACAGACUCGGCUAUACUUCCAUUCUCCGAUACGACAGAGGAUAUGCAAUGUGGCCAAAAAGUAAUUGCAGACACGCAUUCAGAUAACCUUUUCUUGAGACCACCAACACCGAUCAAAGUCAUACGCAAUUCCGAAGCUAAAAUAUUACCUACACCAAGUAGUUUUACUGAUUCUGAAGUAGUAUUUGUACCUCCGCCAGACGCAAAUAAUAAAAACCAACAGAUUGUUAUAUUAUCCAGUUCAACAGAAGAUGGCUCUCUAUCGUCACAACAAUCUGCACAGAGUCGUAGAACUCGGGCACUCAAGCAAAAGAAGUCACUGAAGCGUCCUACAACAGACCGCGAGCGAUUAGCUGAAUUGUCUACAACGCCCACAUUCGGUGAACUAUUAGCUAAACAGCAACGUAUACACCGGAAAUCACCUGAUAUAUUUAGUGCAAGCACAGACCUUGGAUUGACUUGCACACAACAACCUGCCGCGGAUGGAAAUGAUGGAGUUGAGUCUUUUAAAGGCUUCAAGAUAUUUGGCUCCGAGGUCAAACAAAUGCAGCAACAGAACGCACACAAUUCCAACGGCAAACAAAAUAAACCAAAAGUCGUGCUGAGUCGGGGCCGAUCUUGCUUGAAUAUUCUUGAAAAAAUGUUUGAUGAUCCCCAUACCGAAGAUGCCACUAAUAAAACACAAAACAAGCAGUCAUCGAAGAAAUCAGUAGACGACAAACUAGUAAAAAGGGCGACGAGACGAAGUCAACCAGUGAUGCCGUCAUUACCAAACACUGCUAAUGCCGCUCAACUGCAGCAAGUACAAAACCAGGACCAACCUAAGCAAAAGCAAAUCAUUAACAGUACCACCACCCAAAUAAUAAGCGGUCCGAUGGUGGACGAGGAAAUAUUUGAAAUUACAAAUAAUGAUGCUUUCGGCAGUGUGAUGCGAAUCAAUUCUAAUGGAGAAAUAUCGCCCGUUCAAAGUGCAGCUCGGAGCCAACAACUAACACAGCACAAUAAAAUUACUAAUUAUCUUAUCGGUUCGACGCAACUGACACCAACGGAGACAACUCUGGACGAACGUACGCCCAGCAAACGCGUACAAACGCAGUUUUCAGGGACGCUAGCGCGCAGAUCUCCGAAAAAUAGAUCAACACAAUCGACAAAACUCACCAAAUGGUUUCAGAAAAAUGCUACGCAAAAUGCCUCUCAAUCGAAUGUAGAUCUGCAAGAAAUGCGUGCUAGGAAGCAUACCAGGAGCGCAAUUGCUAAGCGACUUAAAAGACGUUGUCUGGAGCUGUCCUUCAAAAACUGAGAUGAGAUGCGCUGAGAUGAGAUACGCUGUGUAUAUGAUAAAUCUGCAUGUAUGUAUGCACAUUAAUCAAAUUAACCUGCAUGUAUUUAAACAAUUUAGACAGUUUUAAUGUACCUUUAUUCAA